CUCUGGAUAUCCCAUUUUCUCUCUCUACAUUUCACUUUCUCUGAUAUUCUCGAGAUUGGCGUCUUAGAUAAAGACCAGGGAACCUCGAUUUCAAUAAUCUCUUUUCAGUUUUCACCCCUCUCUCUUUCUCUCUCUAAAAUCUCUCUCUACAACAUAUCAUCAUCAUCAUCCCCUUUGCGGUAGAAGAAGAGAAACUAAACCCUUUUCCCAGAAAAGAACAGCAAAAAGAAAAUAAAAAUUCAAUCUUGAUGAGUGAGAGAGGAGGUUCUCUGUAAGAAGAGAGCCUGCCUUUUUUCAUGCAUUUACUAAUCGGAACAAAAAAACAAGCUCUGUUUAACAAUUCCACACUUUAAUUUUUUUUCUGGGCUAUUGUUAAAAAAUGGCACUUUCUAUGCAAAAGCAGCAGCAGCAGCAGCAAAUUGACGCUGGCAAGUACGUGAGAUACACGCCCGAGCAAGUGGAUGCUUUGGAGAGGGUUUACUCAGAAUGCCCAAAACCCACUUCUUCCAAGAGGCAACAGCUCAUUCGUGAGUGCCCCAUUCUUUCCAACAUUGAGCCUAAACAAAUCAAAGUCUGGUUUCAGAAUCGCAGGUGUCGAGAAAAACAGAGGAAAGAAGCUUCUCAUCUCCAAACUGUUAACCGGAAGCUCACUGCUAUGAACAAGCUGUUAAUGGAAGAGAAUGGCCGCCUCCAAAAUCAGGUCACUCACUUGGUUCAUAAGAACGGUUCCAUGCGUCAGCAUCUGCAAACUGUAAACACAACAGCCACAGAUACGAGCUGUGAUUCUGCGAUUAUGAGUGGUCGUAAAGAACAAAAUAACCCAACACCUCAGCGUCCGCAAAGGGAUGCUAAUAGCCCAGCUGGUCUUCUUGCAAUAGCAGAGGAGACCCUCGCAGAGUUCCUUGGAAAGGCUACUGGAACUGCUGUCGAUUGGGUGCAGCUGAUUGGGAUGAAGCCUGGUCCGGAUUCUAUUGGCAUCGUUGCCGUUUCCCGCAAUUGUAGUGGGAUAGCAGCACGAGCCUGCAGCCUCGUGAGUCUUGAACCCACAAAGGUUGCUGAAAUUUUCAAAGAUCGUCUAUCUUGGUAUCGUGACUGUCGUUGCCUUGAUGUAGCAAGCAUAAUCCCCACAAGAAAUGGGGGUACGAUAGAGCUCUUAUACAUGCAGACAUAUGCACCGACAACUUUGGCAUUGGGCCGUGACUUUUGGACUCUGAGAUAUACCACCAGUUUGGAAGAUGGCAGUCUUGUGAUUUGUGAGAGGUCAUUAACAUCUUCUUACGGCGGUCAAAUGGGCCCGCACGCUACUUGCUUUGUGAGAGCCGAAAUGCUACCGAGUGGUUGCCUAAUUCGCCCGUGUGAGGGUGGCGGUUCGAUUAUCCACAUUGUCGAUCACAUUGACUUAGAUGCACUAAGUGUUCCCGAAGUUCUAAGGCCACUUUACGAAUCGUCCAAAAUCCUUGCGCAAAAGAUGACUUUGGCUGCCUUGCGUCACAUUAGACAAAUUGCUCAAGAAACAAACGAAGAGGUCCAAAUUAGUGGGGGCCGCCAACCGGCUGUUCUAAGGUCAUUAAGUCAAAGAUUGUGCAGGGGUUUCAACGAUGCGGUCAAUGGCAUUGUUGAUGAUGGUUGGUCCAUAAUUAGUAGUGAUGGGGCAGAAGAUGUAACCAUUGCAAUUAAUUUAUCACCGAGCAAAUUUCUUGCUUCUCACUCUAACACUCUGUCCAUGCUCCCAACUUUCGGUGGGGUCCUUUCUGCACGAGCAUCAAUGCUUCUCCAGAAUGUACCUCCAGCUCUGCUUGUUCGUUUCUUAAGGGAACAUCGUUCAGAAUGGGCCGAUUAUGCGGUCGAUUUUUACUCAGCUGCUUCUCUUAAAUCCAGUCCUUAUGCAAUCCCUUUUGCAAAGCCUGGUGGUUUUCCAACCAGUCAAGUUAUUUUGCCUCUCGCACAUACUGUUGAACAUGAAGAGGUCUUGGAGGUGGUUCGUUUGGAGGGUCAUGCAUUCUCACCCGAAGACAUAGCUUUGUCUAGGGAUAUGUACUUAUUACAGUUAUGCAGUGGGAUAGACGAAGCAAAUACCGGUGAAUGUGCGCAGCUAAUUUUCGCACCAAUAGAUGAAUCAUUCGGUGACGAUGCUCCAAUGCUACCUUCCGGUUUUCGUAUUAUCUCUUUAGAUCCCAAAUCAAACGGGCCUGGGCCCACUCAGACAUUGGACUUGGCUUCCACGCUCGACGUUGGCCGUCCAGCUGGCGGAAUUGAUUCGACCAAUCAGAAUGUUCGAUCGGUUUUGUCGAUUGCGUUUCAGUUCACUUUCGAAAGUCACUAUCAAGACAGUGUAGCUGCUAUGGCCCGCCAAUACGUACGUAGUAUAGUUGCUUCAGUUCAAAGGGUAGCAUUGGCAAUUUCACCAUCUCCACUUGGCGGUCGUAUUGUUCCUAAGCCUUCUCCACAUUCGCCCGAGGCUCUCACAUUAGCUCGUUGGAUUUGCCGAAGCUAUAGGGUGUACACUGGGAGAGAGCUCUUUGAGGCCGAUACGCAAGCUAGCGAUGCUGUACUGAAGCAGCUUUGGCACCACAGUGAUGCUAUUGUGUGCUGUUCGGUUAAGACGAAUGCAUCGGCCGCGUUUACAUUUGCGAACCAAGCUGGGCUAGACAUGAUGGAGACAACCCUCGUGGCACUUCAAGAUAUUAUGCUCGAGAAGAUUCUAGAUGAAUCCGGUCGGAAAAUCCUCCUCGCGGAAUUCUCCAAGAUCAUGCAGCAGGGUUUUGCUUAUCUGCCGGGAGGAGUGUGCAAUUCCAGCAUGGGGCGAUCGGUGUCGUACGAACAAGCUGUUGUGUGGAAGGUUCUAAAUGACGACGACUCUAAUCACUGUUUGGCUUUCAUGUUUAUGAACUGGUCUUUUGUGUGACAAAUUUAAUUAACUAGACGAAAAUCGUGUAAUAUACUUUUGCACUAGCUGCAUGCAGAUGCUGACUAAACUUUUGUAAACUUAAAACUAUUCGAUGCAUACUAUGUUUGUGUAUCGUAAUGUCAUUUUGUGUUUCGAUAA